GCUGAAGAUGACUUUGCCUUUCACUCUUUUUGAGUUGGAAAAUGAAGAACCAGUUGAGCACAAUUUCAAGCCUUGUGUCUGUUAUAGAAAGAUUGUUUUGGGUGGAAUCGCAGAAUCAUUCAAUGCCGUACAAAAUGCCUUGAAGUAUUUGUUCCAACUGAGGUGGAUUCCGCUGAGGUGGAUUUUGCCUUUCUAUCCUUCCGGACAGUAUUGGGGUUUAUGUAAUCGAUCAACACCUCCACUCCAAAUUUCUGCCUAUGUAUGAAAAUGUUGUUUUAGAAAGCGAGAGCGAUAUAACAUCGGACUCAGUGCUUUAUGUUAUUUAGUUUUUUCCCUGAGUUCUAUCACAAGGAAGGCCUUUGAUUGUCUUGUUUCUAUACCGAUUAAAUAAGUGGCAAUAAUACAGAGGGGUGAUAAAAUAAAUAUGACUCAAUUGACUACGCCUCUUGUUAAAAUUUAGUUUUCCGUACAGACAACAAAAAUGACUAAUUUCUUUUAUAAAAUUGUCAGCUGACUGUUUUGAAAUUGUGGUGCGCUUAAUCCGAGAAUAGCGGAUUAGUAAUAUAGAUUGUUCGGUUUGAAGAACUCGAAUGCUGUAUUGUUGAUAUUUUAUUUUUUCACCUCCAUCACAGAAGAUGUCAUGUGGCGUUUGGUGUGUGUGAUCAGUUCUUUGGGAAGAAAAGCGAAACAUUAAGAACACAGCAACGCCACUUGUCACCAUGAGUUUCUCUAACCAUGGAGCUGUCUUUGAGUCCAGUAACAAUCCCCUUGCUUCUAAAAUUUUGGAUGAAGAUAAAGAAAAUGCCAGAAAAGUUAAAAUUACCAAAGAGCUUUCUAAAACAUUGAAAGCUUUACAAGCCUCACAAAUGUUUGAUGAACCAGUACAAAGUAAUGAACUAUCCAACCGACUUUGUGACAUUCUUGAAGCUAUAUUCCUUCAUGGACUUAAGGAACCAGUUACGCAUAAGCUAAAGAUGUUUAUGCAACCAACUUCAGGACAAGUUACAACCCUUAACUUCUGGAAGUUUAUCAGCCGAUUUACUCACAAAAAUGUUAUUGCUCAAAUUCAAGAUUUAAAUCAGAUAAAAACUGAUGUUGGCUAUUGUCGGGUUUGGAUAAGACUUGCCCUGAAUGAUGGUAUCCUUGGCAGCUACAUUGAUGUUAUGACUGCAGAUGUCCAGGCUCUAGAUUCAUUUUAUCACCAUCUAUCAUAUUUACGAGAUUUGGAGCAACCUGGGAUUUUGAAAUCAUAUGUUCAAGGUAUAACAGCUUUCCAGUUUGAACUUCCUUACAAUUCAAGUGUUUUGAACAGUUGGAUGAACAUACCUCUAUUACUUGCUGGAGUUGAUGGGGUAGCUGGUUUAAAUGAUGGCAUCAGUAUUGAAGAGAUUGGAAAUGCCCGACCUCCACCCGUAACAGUUACUCCUGGAAGAGUGGUAGAAUCUGUUGAUGUUUCUGUAGCAACAUCACCUAGUAAAGAUCUUCCAAACGAAGAAGAUCUUGUUGUUAUUAAAAAGCUUCCUCCAGAUCCCAAAACAGACGACAAACCAUCGACUAGUAAUACUGUUGAAGUCAAGACUGUUUUAAAGAAAAACAUUAAAGAGAAAUCAAAUUCCGUAUCUGACCCUGUAAAUAAUCCUUCACAGACCACAGAUGACCUCUCACACAAAUCAGACAAAGAUGUACGUGAUAAUACUAAAGACAGUGAUACAUCAAUAUCAUCAGACAAUAAUGUUCCACAGCAGACAGAUUUAAACCCUUCUCAUAAUUCUAUUCCUCAACCACAAAACAAACCCAUGUCUGCUCAUCAGAAAAUUAAUCAACGACCAAAGACCCUAGAGCUGUCUAACUCACCUUGUAAUCAUAGUCUGAAUUUAGGCAACAGCUUAGAGGUUGCUUCAGGCUGGUCAUCACAUUUCCGUGAAGAAAUGAAUCCAGAAGUAAUGACUGAACCUGCUGAAAUAGUUGAAGUUCAAGAUGGAUCAAAAGGAGCAGUAGACAGUGGUGUAAUUGCUGAAAGCUUUGAAACUCUUCUCAAUAACUACCAUGGCAAGCAAUCCCUGUCACCAAUUCCAUUUGGAGAAAUAGCUGAAAAUUCUCCUGAACAAAAAGAAGAGAAUACAGAAGAAAGAUCUGAGAAGGAAAGCAUAGAUAAUUAUGCUGACUUUGAAGUACUGAAUGCUGCUUCUUUUCUUGUUCUGGAUCCAGAUUCUAAAGUGCGGAUUUCAAACUUGAUGCGAAUCUGUAAUGAGAAAGGUAUUGCUUCUCAAAACUACCGGUGUAAAAACUGUCCUUCACCUCUUGGUUUAUUAUUUGGUAAACCUCUAGUCUGUGCCUAUGAUGGUUGUUAUUACUGCUCUGACUGCCACCAUAAUGGAGAGUUCUACAUUCCAUCAAAGAUUAUAUUCAACUGGGAUUUUAGCAAAUACAAAGUGUCUGUAAAAAAUCUAGAAUUCCUGAAAGAAAUCCAAGAAUAUCCUUUGAUUGACAUUGCAAAGGUUAAUCCUGAAUUAUAUGACUAUAUUGCUGAUAUGAGAGAUGUCAAGCUUCUUCGUAUCCGGUUGUCCCAUCUCAGCUCUUAUCUCUUUACUUGCAAGAAGACUGAAGCUGAAAAGUUUCGUCAGUCAUUUUGGCCAAAAGAGUACUUGUACGAAGAUGUCCACUUAUAUUCAUUAAUAGAUUUCUUACAAAUUCAAUGUGGUCAGCUACAAAUGUCACUGAAGAAAUUACUGAAAACAGCUAGCAAACAUGUAUAUGAGUGUGGCCUUUGCAGCCAAAAAGGAUUCAUCUGUGAAAUUUGCAAGAAUGCUCAAGUUAUUUAUCCUUUUGAAAUGGACACAACAUACCGAUGUGAACAGUGUAAAGCUGUUUACCAUAAAAGCUGCAUGAACCAGAAAGACCAGUGUCCCAAAUGUGAACGACAGCGGGAACGUAUUCUGAAAGUAGGUCCACUAACCAACUCCUCAGAAGCAGACUAUGAUAUAGUUCCAUGGGAAACUAUGUAAUUAAUAUCCAUAAGUGAGAAAGCUGCCUCUCAGAUGAAGAGAAAUUCUUGUCUAUUCACGAUGUUCACAAGAGUAGAUUUCAUCUCAUCUGUCUGCACAUCUUCACAAUGGACAUCUUUAAGCUAUCAUAGAGAUAGAGUAUAAACUUGUGCAACAUUAAGUCUGUACAUGUCAAAGUUCUGUGGUUAACAUUUCAUCUAUUUGUUAAUUUAUUGACAUUUGUUACUUAACCAACCUUCAGAUGUCAGUCUAAGUAACUGAUGUCAUCUGUCGGUGGGAUAGUGGAGAUACAAGAUUACCACUAAACAUGCUUCAUUUUCUGCAUUUUUCUCCUCAUGGAUGAGCAUUUCCAGUUUUAUAUGAACAAUAUUUUACUCUGCUUUAACUCUAUCAAUUCUGCUGUUAAAUGAAACAAUUUUUUGUUUUGGGUUUGGAAUAACUAAUAUUAACCUAAACAUGUAUUUUAUUUGUUUGUCUAUGUGUAUUUUAUGCAUACAAACAUGUACACAUACAUACAUGCAAAUACACACAUGUUUACAUUAAGCUAACACUAUCAAGAACUACAAAUCAUAUUUAAUAAUAUGGUAUUUGGUGAGACAAUGCUAACUCACAGAUGUUUGUUAAUUGGGUUUUGUGUGUGUGUGUGUGUGUGUGUGUUGUGUUUUUGUAAUAUUACCAGACGGGCCUACUUCUUUGUGCCAUUAAGACUAUAGCAACAAGCAUAGUCAGUUCAGCCCUAGUGCUACCUAGAAAGCCACAUGUAGUACAUACAUACAUGCAUGAACACAACUAUUGAGGCAUGCUGCAAUGCUGAAUUAUCUCACUUCAUAAUUAUGCUCUGCAUUUUUAACUCCACAUAAAUAAUGGUGCAUAAUUUUAAAAAAAGGCUUCCCAGUUUAGUGAGUACAAGUCACAAGAAUGAGCAUUUACCAUGCUAUGUUUUCUUUCAGUUUCUCUUUGAAACUGAACAAAAACCCACUCAUCGAGACUGGGUGUCUCAUAUUUCCCCAGGGUUUACUUGGGUUAUUCUCAACUGUCCCAUAUGUUCUUCAUAUCUUAUCUGCACUGUGCUUGUGUUAUAUAAAUUUUGAUUCCCCUAAGUUUGCACUGGACAAAGAUGUUCCUAAACUUAUUGCUGCGUGAAGUACCAUAGAUUGUACAAGUAAUACAUAUGAAAGCUAUGAAAAUCAUUUGUUUUAUGCCAUGUCCUAGCGUUUUCUCUGUAAAGCAGUGUUGGAAAUACAAGCACCUUGUAAACAUCUAACUUGGUUUUAGCAACAGAAGCGAACUGAACUGCAGACAAUAAGAGAGAGACUAAGCUAACAUACACUUUGUAUGCCAUGAGUGACUCUGCUGUUUUCAAGGAUGACACUGCUGUUUAUAACAAAUCCUGUUAACAGAGUGAACUGUUUUCAGUAGUUUGUUAAUUGAUUUUACUUGUCUUUUUCUAUUCUAUAGAUAAAAUAGUUUUUUGUUGGAGUAACUGCUUUUACCAGUGGAUAUCUUUCAUCCUACUCACCUUUGAAGUAGAACUGCUCAGAAUUGUUAUUGCUAUUGUUUAAUCACAAAUUUUCCCUGAUAGAGCAGACCUGUGAUCUAAAACAUUCCAGCCAUGACCAUUCCCUCUUGUUUUUAAGGUUAGUGUAUUCAGAGUCACAUUGUCUAAUGUGUACUUCCUUUUUUCAAGGCACUAGGAUGUAAUUUGAGAGAGAUUUGGCUGCUAUUUCAAGCAAGUUGAGCUUGUCCGUUAUGGUGGAUACUAAAUACCUGGUAACUUCUGAAGAGUCCAGGAUAUAAUUAGAGAUUUUGAUUGAGGGUGGUUUAUAAUCUGCUUCACCUUGUUUUUCUGAGGCUGAUGGUGUAGAAAAACACCAAGUUGUUGAAUAUGUUUAUAACAGUGAUUUAUUUUUCUUAAGUUGUUAUUGCUGAUAUUGUUACAUGACCUUAGUUAAAUAUGAUCAAACAGAUUUAUUGCAUACAAUAACCAAUAAAUAAGUAACAAUAUGUGGCCCCAGUUCACUAGAUAUGCUGUGCUUUUGAUUGGUUGAUGGACACCACUGCACAUUUCAUCAUCCAGUAUUUGAUCAUAUGAGGGUAAAGUUUGGUAAUCAUAGCAUUUUCCAUAAUGUAUCAUAUGGUAGUCAGGUUAGCAAGGCUGGAUUAAGCUAGUAUGGGCUUUGUAGCACAUGUUAUAAAGAGUAAAAUAUAAAUCUUUUUUACUCAUAUAGUAACUUACAAUUUAAAAGCUACAUUUUCUAGACUUUGUUAAUGAUACUGGAAAUCUCUAUAUCACAUAAAAAUUAAUAUUCAGUGCUUAUUACAGUGCAGUGUGGAGUUGUUCAAUCAGCUUUUGUCCAUGAAACACAUUAAUUCAUUUUUAAUCCUUCUCAGUUUUGAACUUAAGUAUUCUCCACUGCAGUUGGUAACAUUUGGAAAACAAGUUUCAAAAAUUAUCAAAUAUCUAGUAGGAAAGCUGUAAGCUCUUGUUUUGCACUAAUAUGAGAAACAAAAUCAGUAUUAAACAGUUUAGUAAACUUUUGAAAUUCUUCCCCAAGACUUGAUAUGAGUUGACAAGAUUCGAUGGUCCCUAUACAAUCUGUUCAGGUGUAAAUGAUGACUGUAAUUGCUGAAGAAAGCCAAAUACACCAUUCAUCUUUUGAUAUGCUUUCAAAGUGUUUUGACAGUGCAGAAAGCAAGAUAUCAAAUGGUAUUGAGCAAGAAGCCAAGUAUUUUUCUGAGUGUGAAGAUUAUUAGUAACAGACAUGAAGGGAAUGCAAGCAAAAUUGCAAGUAUGAAGAUUUCAAAGGUUCCAACACUCUUGAUCUACAUCACAAAUCUAGCCCUGACAGCAAAAUAUAGCAUAUAGCCAAAGCCAGCUAGUAUGCAUAUCUGAAUAUAUCAGGAGUAGAAUCCAGCUAUACACAAUAAUGCUUACUUUUCUUCUCUUCACAGAUAAUGUGACUAAGUAAGAUAAAUCCAAUCAGUUUGGUGAAUUCCUCAUUUUUAUGAUGAUUAUGAUUUAUGUCCUUUAUGUUUGCAUGAGUUUGUAUGUUCUACCAGAAAAGGGUAAAACUUGAUCAGUAGUUCUGACAAUCCAAAGUAAUUUCCAUGUUGAAGAAAGUCAAUAGUUUUGUUUAAUCCCUUGUCUCUUUCACAAGCUGGGAAGUAACAUGUUCAGCUUUGUUCCCACUCAUUAAACUGCUUUCCACUAAACUGAAAUCAUAAACCUGCAUGGAAAACAGAACAGGCUUCCUUUCUGAACAGCAUAACCAAUUUCUUGCAUGCUUCUUGUUUAUGGAGAUGUACAAAAUAAACUUCUGACAGUGCCAAGGUUUCUUUUUGUUGUCAUACUAUUAUAUGGAUUUCGAAAAUGUCAUUUUUGUUGACAUUCAUCUCUUCCCUUGGUUAGCUGAUAUUCUUGAUAACAAUCAUCUACAUUGUUUGCCCAUUCACCAAUAUUGUAGAAUACUUUUCACUUGUUUCACAUUCAAUGGAUGCUGUCUGUUACUGUCCGUCUUCUGCUGCUCUACUUCUAAUUGUUCUUAUAUUCCUGACUAGCUCCAUCAUCAUCUCUAUGAACAUGAAGUAUUCUGUGAACUUGUGUGUUUUUUAUAUAGGCUGAUCUCUUAUUUCUUUUUCUUCCUUCACUAUUUUGUGCAUUUCCAGAAACAUAAUAAUGUUCAAUGUCUCUGUUGCUAUUGCAAUGGGAAAAUGUCAAUAAAAUAUUCAUUUAAAAACAAGUAGAUUAUGUAAAUAAACAUACAAACUUCACCAGUAAGCACCAAAGUAGAGCGCUAUAAGGUGGCAGUUUCAAAGCGUAGAGUGGCAUAAGGUAGCAGUUUCAGAGUGUAGUAUAUUAUAUGGAUUGUGGGGAAAUAGUCUGAUAUUGGAACAAAAAUUCAAUAAAUAAAAGUAGCAGCAAAGAAAAAUAAUAAUAAUAAUAAUAAACAAAUUCUUCAGUGUAGUUCAAGGAAAAUGCAGAUCAAGUUAAUUAAUUGAAUGGUUGGUCUAUUUGCCUGUUUUGCUUGCAAGUAGAAUAGGUUGAAUGUUUGCAGUACCAAGUUCUUAGAUAAAGGAACAAGAGAGAAUGUAAACAUGACUAACUUAUCCAAUAAUAAGCAAAAGAAAGUUUGCAAUAACUGCCAUUACAAAGUAUUUAUAACAGCUUGUGGGACAAACUUCAAAAGGCUGAGUCAAGGAGCUAUUUUGAUUACCAAGCUAAUUCUGAGUGGCAAUUCUCAUAUGGAACUUUCAAAACUAAGUAAUGUUGCAAAUUUUGGGUUUACUUCUUUAAAAAAGUUUAGUUACACUUUAUUUAUAUCUGAACCAAUACAAAGCUGUUUUAUUGAUCCAACUGCAUAUUUGAAAAACUAAUGCAUAUAGAUCAGCAAGCACAAUGGACAAAGUUGGAGUAAUUAAAAUGAAUACAAGGGUUCUAGGAUUUAUUUUAUCAAAAGCUUGAUAUUUACCUUCUAGUCAAUGUGUUUGAGCAAUUUAGAAGGUUAACCUUAGAAAUUGAUAGCUUAGACAUGUUAAAUUAUGUUAGUAUUCCCUCAUCAUGGGUUCCAUCCUUAGGAACACCCAUCCAUUAACAAUUCAGAAAUUUAUUACAUAUUUGAACAGGCAAUCCAAAGUGGAAUGACCUUAAUUAACAAUCAUUUAUUAUCUGUAAACACUGAUAUAUCAUAGACCUACUUUCCUUCCCUACUGAUGAAUUCUCUUAUGUUUGUUAACAGCCUUCAUUGCAAUACCUUUAAAACAAAUCGGUGGAAAAUUUAGAUAGGUGAAUCCUUCCUCUAUAGAUUAUGAUUUCAUUUUAGGCCAAACCUAAAAGAUAUGAAGCUUAAAUGUUGCAACAUUAUGCAAAUUCACUAACAAAUGUGUAAGUUAAAUAUUCUCACCUGAUGUUAAACUCUAAUAUGUAGAUUUGUGUUGUUAGCAUCAAUUUAAUGUUGAGCUGUACAUAAUAAACUGUUCCUUGCUUGUUUAAAAAUCUCAAUUUGAUGUCAUGGGAAUAGUUAACAUUCCACUGUCUACAAGAAGCAAUAAUCUGAUUCGACUGACUAUAUUUAUGAGAUAAAUGAUAAUUAAGCUCAAGUAUUGUAUGUUGAGUUUAAUGCAUUGAAUCAGAGAAAAAGAAAUCUGUUAAUAAGCUUCCAAUGAAAGCCCAUUGUCUUUUUCAUUUCUUUGUAAUUUGUUUAAUUUAAAGUAUUUUUUAUCUUUGAAGUAUUCAAAGUAUUAGAUCACCCUUAAAUACCCAGUCUUUCAUAAAGCAUAGAGUACUAUAAUGAUCAUGUGCUAAAUUAAGAUUGCUAGUUCACAGAAAUUUAACAUGGAGCCAGUCUUGUUACUAGAUUAAUCCAGUUCUGCAGAUCAGGGUCCCACCUAAAUGUUAGACAUCUUUUUCACAGCAAAAUAAUUUACUUUACUUUUCAAUUUUUUUUAUUUAUUUGUUCGUUUUUUAGAUUGUAAGACAGUAGAAUCAGUGGGAACUAGUUAAAUACUGUAGACUAACAAGUUAAAGUUGGUUGACGAAUACUGUUGAUUCUUGGAGAUUUAUUAUGAGUGGUUGACCCUCCUCAAAGUUUGGUCCUUGUACAUACUUUAGUGUGGAUAUAGCUACUGUGUUGGUGUAGAUCAAAUGGAAAAGUUAUUGUUGGAGGAACAAUUUUAUAGAAUUCUAAAGAAUUAUUGAUGUGUCUCCUUGAUUUUUGGUGGUCAAAUAAGUAAUUAUUGGAGCUCUAAGGGUUACAGUUGAAUAACUAAUUACUGAAACUAUAAGGGUUACAGCCAUUGGCUACAUUACCCUCUUGUCUAAGUGGUACUUAAUAUCAAUUUUCAUUUGUUCUUCUCUAAAACCCUCUUUAGCAAAUAGUACCAGAUAUUGGUUGAUGCCCCCCCCCCUCUUUCAAGAUGCCAAAUGUAAUAUACAACAAAAAUCAAAGGUCUAUGCCCUGCAGAAUGGAAUGUCAUAGAGUUCUCUCCUAUCACCAACUUCUUAAACUAAUACAUGCAGAAACUGCCUCAAUGUUCACAUUACAGCUCCACUCAUUCACAAUUCAUCAGAAAUAGCUCACUAAUUUGAAUCUUAGUUUCGCAACUACAAUGUAAUAGUAAUACUAAACAAUUCCUCUCUACUACACAACAUACCAGUAACACUGAAGAUCAUUGUUUUAUACCUCACAUUGUAUUCUAUAAAAUAUAUCCUACACCUAAUGAUAUAAGAUUUGUGUGCUUGUGUUAACUUACACAAAUGUCUAUGCGUGAGUACACUUUGUAUAUAAUAUUUCAAACUACCUAUUUAUUAAAUUCAAAUUCUAAUGACAUAUUUUAUUUUUCAAAAUAUUUAAAAAUUGUGCUGUUGUUCUGACUCUUCAGUCUAUUGAAAAAAAACAUUAAUUUUUUAAAUUUCA